AAAAUUUAGAAGAAAAAAAAAUAUUUAUUUAAAGCACAAUUACCCCUAAAUAUAAUAGCGUGAAGUAAAUCACAAGUGCCUUAGACAGUGAAAUGGCGUCGCGAGUGGCGAUAUCGAGGGCGAGUCGGAUCAAGACGAAGCUCGAAACGGCGCUGCAAGCCGCCGUUUUGGAGGUGGAGGACGUCUCCCACCAGCACGCCGGCCACGCCGCCGUCAGAGAAAUGGGAGGCGGCGCGCAGGAGACUCAUUUUAAUGUGCGAAUCGUCUCCGCCCAAUUCCAGGGCCAAAACCUAGUCAAACGACACCGUAUGGUCUACGAACUCCUCUCCGACGAGCUCCAAUCCGGUUUGCACGCGCUUUCCAUCACCGCCAAGACCCCUAAAGAAGCCGGCGUCGACGAUGAAGCGUAAUAAUCUGUUUCAAAUUCUAUUUCUACAUCUCAGAGAUUGAUAAUUCAGAUUAGCAGAAAUGUUUGGGUUGUUUAUUGCAAUUUUUCCUCCCCUUUUGCAUACGAUUGCGAUUGUUGUGUAGAAAUGCCUAAUGAUUCAAUUGAUGUAUCAGCCCUCAAAAUCUCUGCUUUUAGAUGAAUUUGUGUGUUUGAGUAGCUGGAUUUAUAGAAAUUAAAUUGUUGGAGUUUUACUCU